UGCGUAGUCGGGUUACGCAGGACGAAACAGGGAUGCAGCGAGACAAAACAAGCAACGCCGGUGGGGCUGAAAAGCCCGACCGGGAGGCAGCCAUAAUGUCGAAGUACUACGACGGUGUUGAGUUUCCUUUCUGUGACGAGUUCUCAAAGUACGAAAAAAUGGCCAAAAUUGGCCAGGGGACGUUUGGGGAGGUUUUCAAAGCAAAGCACAGACAAACUGGGAAGAAGGUCGCACUGAAGAAAGUUCUCAUGGAAAAUGAGAAAGAAGGGUUUCCAAUCACAGCUUUAAGAGAGAUCAAGAUCCUGCAGCUGCUCAAACAUGAGAAUGUGGUGAAUCUGAUAGAGAUUUGCAGAACUAAAGCUACUCAGUUCAACAGAUACAAGGGCAGCAUCUACCUGGUGUUUGAUUUCUGUGAGCAUGAUUUGGCUGGGCUGCUGAGCAAUGCCAAUGUAAAGUUCACUUUGGCAGAGAUCAAGAAGGUCAUGCAGAUGCUUCUCAAUGGACUAUACUAUAUCCACAGAAACAAGAUCCUCCACAGAGACAUGAAAGCAGCCAAUGUGCUCAUCACCAGAGAUGGCGUCUUAAAGCUGGCAGACUUUGGUUUAGCACGAGCCUUCAGUCUGGCAAAAAACAGCCAGGGGAACCGCUACACCAACAGAGUUGUCACACUCUGGUACAGGCCUCCAGAGCUGCUGCUAGGUGAACGGGACUACGGCCCCCCUAUUGACCUCUGGGGUGCAGGCUGCAUUAUGGCAGAGAUGUGGACCAGAAGUCCCAUCAUGCAAGGCAACACAGAGCAGCAUCAGCUCACUCUGAUCAGCCAGCUCUGUGGGUCCAUCACUGCUGAGGUGUGGCCUGGUGUGGAUAAGAAGUAUGAGCUUUACCAGAAGAUGGAGCUGCCCAAAGGCCAAAAGAGGAAAGUGAAGGACCGUCUGAAAGCCUAUGUUAAAGACCCGUAUGCCCUGGACCUCAUCGAUAAGCUACUGGUCCUGGACCCGGCACAACGAAUAGACAGUGAUGAUGCACUAAACCACGACUUCUUUUGGUCUGACCCCAUGCCAUCAGACCUGAAGAACAUGCUGUCCACGCACAACACCUCCAUGUUUGAAUAUCUGGCCCCACCUAGGCGGAGGGGCCACAUGCCCCAGCAGCAGCCCAACCAGAACAGGAACCCAGCCACCACCAGUCAGACUGAGUUUGACCGAGUGUUUUAGAUCACAACAAAUGUGGCUGGUUGGACCAUGUUUUUGGUGAACGUUGCCGGGAGGUGCCUCAACUUUUCCUUUUUUGUUUGAAGACACAAGAUAUUGGGGAUUGGCAGGUGAUUAUUGUAAUGUCUGGAGAAACUAGAGUCAUGGAAAGCCAGCCUGUUAAUAUUCCAUUGUUCAGCUGUAUAUGCAGUUUUUUUGCUUUCAGGGGCACCUUGACUACAGAGGCCUCUUAGUUUGAAUUUUGAUAAACAUGUAAGUAUUACUGUAAAGUAUUGGUGUAUAUUGUUCACAUUUGUUUUAUCUACCUUUUUGUACAAAAAAGACUUUUACAAGCAGCAUCGUUCAUCGGGUUUGUUUUAGAAAAGGGACAGAGCAAGUUUUAUUUAAAUAUUUUUGCAUUGUUAAUGGAACAUAAAAAGAAUAUAGCUGAGUUAAUGUGAUGGCAUCCUCUGGAUAUUUGACUACUACAGUGUUAAAGUAACUAUUCAGAGAACUAAAGGCUAGUUUAUAUUUGAGAAAAGGUCCAAUCAAGUGUGAUGGAGAAUAUGUAUGUACAAACAGACAGUAAACAUUGAAGACUGACUGUAUAAAACCUACUUUACUAAAGCUUUACAUGAUGCACUGCAAAAAAAUAAACAUUUAAAGGAG